GUGGUACGUUCAAGCGACCUGCGCAACACAGGGCACUGGACUCUAUGAAGGACUGGACUGGUUAUCAAAUGAGCUCUCCAAACGCUAGUGUGUGCCUGUUAGGGUCCCAGAUGUGUGUGAACUUUAGAAAGACGGAGUGUGUCCAUUGAUCGACUCUGUCUUGAAGAACUUGUGUGAAUGUGUGUGUGUGUGUGUGUGUGUGGAGGAGCUAUCAAGUGUUCAGCAUCAUGUCUAAUCUAUCUUAUCUGUCUUUUUUCUAUGCUGUAUUCCUACUAAUGUUCUUUUAAUUUUGUUUCUCCUUACAAAUCUGAUUGUUUUCUUGACUGUAAGAUAAUGCUUAAAUUGCACGUUUACUUGAUAACUGUGAGAGCAUUAUGGCACAAAGGGGAGGAAUUCCAGCUCGGGGCGUCCCUCUCAUGCAAGUCUGGAGUAUUUGUAGCUUAAAAACAAAUGAUAGGAUUGAGUAAAUGCCAGGAAGAAGCUGUUGUGCAUUAACGCUCACUUUGAGAUCUCGGUUGCAGUGCUGCCUAAUUUGACUAGCCAAUCACAGGACUCGCCGCCCUAUGAACAUUCCCUUUCAUGGCUGUUCAUUUUAUUCCAGGAGCUACAUGCUAACUUUUGUUGCAGGGACAGCUUUGAGAAGUGACAACAGAAUGGUACAUGAAGUAUUGAUAGCAAUAUGGAGUCAUCCAUUGAUUAGCCCAAUGUUCUUUGAUAUGAAAUACCUCCACUGAACAAUAUGGAAGUAAAUGUUUGAGUUGAAAGCAUUUUUGAACAGAUCACAUUAGCUUGCUUGAUUUUCGGACAUGGUGGAUUGGACGAGGAUGAUUAGUUUCCUUUUUUUUUCCAGCUUUCUCCAUGUUUCUUUUCAUGUCAAACAGAUGCGUGUAUGUAUUUGUGCUGGCGCCUUUUAAUAUCAGCGAUCGAGGUGCAUUGGGUGAGAAUUUUGUAUCGGACACUCCAGUAAAAACGAUACUGUCCUCAUUUCCUGAGCAGGACUUUCUGAUCUUGUACACUUCCCUACUGCGGCAAAUGCCGUACUCUUGCUUGAACUGUGCCACAAGGUCCACCCCUGUGAGAAAAUAAAGAUCUGGUAAAAACCCAAA